UUAUAUUAUUAUGUUACUUUCUUAAACAUUUUCUCGAGCGAAUUAACCGAUAUAUAUUUCAUAUCCUAGCUAGCACGCACGGGUUUUAAAAAUUACGCGUAGCACGGCUGUUCUACCAAAUGCACACUUCCGGAAUCGCGGUUCUUUUCCGCAGCGAAGAGUUUAUCUGGCUAGUUAGCACUUUAGCAUAGCUAAGCCAGCAGUUUCCUCCUCCAUCAGCGCACUCGACUGUGUCUGCCUGCGGACAGAACAACCCUUUAGCCACGCUCGUAGAAAGACAUGUAAACAUGUAGGCGGCUGAUUAAAACAUCAUAUAAAAUCAAAAGGACAGUAUGGCCACCACUGUCGCAGUCAGCCCCAGUGAAUAUCUUCAGCCCUCCACCAACACUUCUCAAGAUUCCCAGCCCUCCCCGCUGGCACUUCUGGCAGCUACCUGCAGUAAGAUCGGGCCUCCGGCUGCCCAGGCCCCAGUCAGCACUCCACCGUCUCAGCCAACCACACGCCGUCUGCACCCCAUCAAGCCCGCCCCUAUUGCCCCAGCUCCACCCAAAAACUUUGGGUUCCUCUCAGCCAAAGGAAAUGUUAUCCAGCUGCCCGCGGGACUCGGUUCGUCAGGGGCCAGCCCUAUUGUCUUCACUAUUCAGAGCCCUUCACGUCCAGCAGGCACAUCCACUGCCAACAUCCAGUACCAAGUGAUUCCUCAAUUCCAGGGGUCUCAGACCAUUCAAAUGAUGCCUCAGGGAGGACAGAUCCAGAUCAUCCCUGGAACCAACCAAGCCAUCAUCACCUCACCUGUCACAGUUCAGACUGCCCCGCCCCCUCUGGCCCCGGCACCGACCCCCCAGCAGAAGAGAGUGAUGAUCAAGCCAUCCUCUCAAAAGCGGCGGCAGAAUAAUGCCAGUGUAAAUACUAACGUUGUACGGCUCCCUAGUGGACUUACGCUCCCACUAAAUGUUAUUACUAGUGAGGUGGGAGGAGCACAGGUUUUAACAGAGACUGCUGCUGCUCCGGUGAAGAGCAAGAGGGGGAGGAAGAGACAGGUGGCUAUAGCCCCGCCCACCCCGGCCCUUCAGCCGGCCUCACCGCCACAUGUAGCUGAACAGGUUGAAACCUUACUAAUAGAGACCACAGCUGACAACAUUAUUCAGGCAGGAAAUAAUCUCCUGAUAGUGCAGAGUCCAGGAGGGAAUCAGCCUGCCGUGUUGCAGCAGGUGCAGUUGGUUCAGCAGAAACCAGAUCAGCAGGUCGUUCAGAUCCCCCCGCAGGCUCUAAAAGUGGUACAGGCUGCCUCUGCCACACUCCCUCCUGUACCACAGAGACAGACAGUCACACCCAGUGUGCAGGUGUCCCCCUCAGAGCCCACACAGUUGCUGUUUAAAACGGCCUCAGGUGAAUGGCAAGCUGUACAGAUACAGGAGACAACUGUUACCACACCAACAACACCCACCAGCACCCCCACACCUGCGGUGGUCACUAAAAAGGCUCAAUCAGGGACACGGAAAGAAAGGACUCUCCCUAAAAUUGCCCCAGCUGGAGGGGGUCUCAUAACACUGAAUGCAGCCCAGCUAGCUUCUGCUGCUCAAGCAGUUCAGACCAUCAGUAUUAAUGGUGUCCAGGUGCAGGGUGUUCCUGUAACAAUCACCAACGCUGGGGGCCAGCAGCAUCUCACAGUGCAGACGGUUCCAGGUACAGGUCUGCAGCUGGGCGGUGUGCAGACACAGACACAGACCAUGCAGGUGGAACAGACACAGACCCUCGCGCUGGAGCUGCAGAGUCAGCCAGGAGAGAAAAAACGCCGUAUGGCCUGCACCUGUCCCAACUGCAAAGACGCAGAGAAGAGGCCGGGAGAGGUGGGGAAAAGAAAACACAUCUGUCACAUAGCAGGCUGUGAAAAGACCUUUCGAAAGACUUCGCUGCUGCGGGCACAUGUCCGACUGCACACGGGAGAGAGACCCUUCGUGUGCAGCUGGGUCUUCUGCGGGAAACGGUUCACACGCAGUGACGAACUGCAACGACAUGCCAGGACACACACAGGAGACAAGCGUUUUGAGUGCAGUAAGUGUCAGAAACGUUUCAUGCGCAGUGACCACCUCACGAAGCAUUACAAAACACACAUCAACACAAAGAGCCUGUGAACAUCGUUUAUCACGGGGUUUCAAGACCUUUGAGAGGAGAUGAGAACGAAAACGCUGUUCCCGGGGCUUGAAGGAUGGGAGGAAACAGAGGUCAACCUGCCUUCAAAUGUACAAUGUGGGACGGGAAUGUCACCUGUUUUGACCAGCCGUUUCAGGGUAAACUGGCCACAUUUUUACUCACCCUCAUCAACUGAGGAAGGCUGGCUGGCCGUAAAAUGUGGCCCUCAACUGAGAUUCAUGAAGGACAUGGAUGCCAGUUGUGUCUUGACUUGAUACCUCUGGUAUACGGAGUGGAAAAGAUGUCUGUCUCAGCAGAAACAGACGCUUCAGCCAAAAAAAGAAGUUAAUUUCCCUCAUUAUUUACAUUUUUGUUUAUGUACAUGUUUUUGGUUGUUUUAGCUAAACCAAGCCCCUUACAUGAAGUGUAGCAGCUAAUGGACAGUGUUUCCUGGCUUUUUUUUUUGCCUAAAUGUUUGUUUUCUUACAUACAAACAUACAUUUGUACAUAUUAUGGCAAAAUUGAAUACAAAAGUGACGCUUUGGACAAACUCUUUGACCCAGUUAAAUUAUUUUCAGUUGUUAAAUGAUUUUUUGGAAUUGUAAACUUAAGCUUGAAAUUGUGUAUGACUUUGGUUGAUUGUUUUUAAUAUUAGUAGAGGUUUUGGAAAAUGAUAUUUUGGCUUUUACGUACAUGUCCAUAUUAGACAAUCAUGUCUUGUAUAGAGGCAAGAAACGAGAGAGUAAAUAUGUUGGGACUUGCUACCUGUUGAAAGGUUGAUCGUCACAUAAAAUAAGGAAUUAAUUUAUAAAAAUAAAAAGCUUAAAUUGCAUUGAAUGUAUGCAGGUUGUGUCUUUAUUUAAAGACUGCAAAUGUGUCCAUUCAAAAAUGUCGAUUAAAAACUCAUGUUUAUGUUCUCAUGUAAAGCAGGAAAAAAAUAUCUCACAAAAUAGGAGACAAUGUGAUGAAAAUGUGAUUGUGGUUCCAUUAUACCAUCAGAAAUGUUUGAUUUCAUUUACGGUACGUGUAAAGCGGCUACAUGCUGAUGGGUUUAAUGGUUAGUUCAAUUCUGUCAUUCCAUUUAAGUUGAUCUAAGCUUUUGUCCAAGCUCUCUAAAAGAGGCCUUAAGAAGAAAAGAAAUCUGUGCUUAUGUAUGUUUGUAUAGUGUCUGAGUUUAUACUGUUGUAUUUGGGUGUAAAAUGUAGGAUAAUUGUUACACAAAUGUGUAUUGGCUAUUGUUGCCAAACAUGAAAUCUGUGGACUGUGUACAGUGUAAAUGAGAAGGGAAAAAAACAGCAUUGUAUAGUUUCAUUCCUGUAAUAUGUAAUGAUAAUAGAUUACCCUUUUUAUUGACUAAAAGUUGCCUUAGUCUGCUGAACUCCAUAUUUAAAGAGUCUUUUUCCAGGUAAAUACAUUUGUAGACCUGCUUUAUUUUUCCUUUUAUUGUUAUUUUUUAACUUAUAAAUUGUAAAGAAAUGUCAAUUUAUGUGCACUGACCAAAUUCAGGGUUUUCGCUGAGUGGAUCAUUUAAUUUUCUGGUUCAUGUACCUACAUCUGAUUUUACAAAAUAAAAGUUCUUUAGCUCGCCUUGAUAAAAACCCCACAUUUAAAGAGCCCUGACUUUGAAAAUCGGUACGUAACCCUGUGUUUGUAUAACUUGUAUUGCAGAGCUUAGACCAGAGAACUUGCUAUCUUUUUCUACAGUCAGACCACCGCUCACUCACCUAAUAAAGCAUUACAGACUGA